GACGUGUGUAAUAUUCCUAGUCCCUAUGUAAUGACAUGCAGAGAUGGAAGCUUGUAUUGUAGAAGUAUUAAAAUUUGUUAGACUCAAAUAACGACACUUCUCUUUUUCCCUUAUAAAGCCAUUUCCCCUUUUCCUUUUUCCCUUCUGCAACUACAUAUAUAACUCUCUCUCUCUCUCUCUCUCUCUCUCUCUCUCUCUUACACACACACAGACACAGAGGAUGCUGUCAAGAAACAACAGCAUGGGUUGGAUUGGAAGAAGUGAAGUUGAAAAUCAGCUAACUUCAGCUUCAUGGCCUCAAAACACCACCACCACCACCACCGCCGCCACCACCACCAAUGGCGGCGGCGGCGGUUUCGACGAUCAAAGCAAACAAGAAACAGAAAUGGGCUCACUCUACACAUUCAACUCCAUGCUCCAAACCGAUCAUCACGACCCCAUCACCACCACCACCGCCGCCGCCGCCGCCGCCAUGCACGAAAUCUCAUUCUCACCAAACUUCAACCUCGAAUCCGCCGCCGACAACGACCACCUCCUCUUCCACCCGGUCGACUACUCCUCCGCCACGUGUUCUCCAACAUCAGCCUCAGUUUUCAACGCCGUCAAUCACCACCACCAGGCCGUAAACUACUUCCUCCCGCCGAAACCCCCCGCCGCCAAGAACCCGUUCGACUCGGCAUUCGAAUCGGGUUGCGAAAACGGGUACCUCGAGAGCGCGUUCAUCAAGGCUGCCGGGUUCGGAUCCGAAUCCCCUCAAAUGGGCUCCAUCAAUAAUAAUUUCAACGGCGGCGGAUUCCUUACCAAUACUAGUAAUUACGAUUCUUUGUUCUUGAACACUACUAAUAACAGGAUUAAGGUUGUUAAUCCCCUCGAUAAUCUCACACAGCCAACUCUCUUUCAGAAGAGGGCUGCCCUUAGGAAAAACGUGCUUGGCAAUAGCAAUUUGGGGUGCUUGAAUUUAGGUGGUGUUGGGGGUGGUAAUAGCAAAUCUCCAAGUACCACUACUAUUAGUGGGGUUAAUAAUGUAAAUAAGAGGAGAUUAGGGGAUGAUUUGGAGGAUGUUAGCACUAAUAAUAAUGAUUUGUGUUAUGAUUCUGAUGAUGAUUAUGAUGAUGAUCAAGUGUUGGGCAAUAGUAAUAAUAAUAUUGGUGUUAGUUAUAAUGAUUUGGAGGAGAUUAGUGGCAAGAAUGGUGGGAGUAGCUCGAACGGAAAUAGCACGGUCGCCGGCGGCGGCGGCGGUGGGCCCGACCGAAAGGGGAAGAAAAAAGGGCCUCCGGCGAAGAAUUUGAUGGCCGAGAGGCGGCGCAGGAAGAAGCUAAACGAUAGGCUCCUCAUGCUUAGGUCGGUCGUGCCGAAUAUUAGCAAGAUGGACAGAACUUCAAUACUAGGUGAUGCAAUUGACUACUUAAAAGAACUUCUGCAGAAAAUAAACGACCUCAACAACGAGCUCGAAUCCACCCCUCCGACACCUACUGCACCGGUAUUUCCGUCCCGUUUCAAAGAAGAGCAACGUACCCAAAUUGCAUUUCCAACUCCUCUGUCUAGCCCCACCGGCGGUCAACCCUCGAGGGUUGAGGUGAGGCUACGAGAAGGGAGAGGUUUGAGCAUACAUAUGUUGAGUGGGUGCAAACCGGGGCUUCUACUCUCGACGAUGAGGGCUAUGGACAACCUAGGACUCGAUGUUCAACAAGCCGUUAUUAGCUGCUUCAACGGUUUUGCGUUGGAUGUUUUUCGAGCUGAGGUACUAUUAUAUAAACCAUGUACUAAAAAUUCUUUUACGACUAUGCUCGAGCUCAAAAAAUAAUAAAAAU